AUGCAAUAAUCACUAUUCUUUCUUUCAGCUGAAAUGACAGCUAUGACAUAAUUCAAUGAAAAGACUCUAUUUAUUUACUAAAAUAUGUAAUUUCUUGAUAAGAAACUUAAAAUGAAAGUACCUAAACUUAACUUGGUUAUUACAACUCAUAGAUUAAUUUUCACUAAUAAUCCAAACAUAGAAUAAUUAAAAACAAAUGAUGCUUAAUUUGUCUAUUUAGUUGUACCCUUAUAACAUAUAAAAACAGUACAAACAAAAGUAUUAAAUAUUUUUUAUUUGAGACUGGAUUUCUAUCAUCAUAAAUAGAUCAUAUUAAUUUUGAAACUAAUUUAGGUGAUGUAUCCCUUUAUGGUGAUAAUCUAGAAGGACCACUCUUAUAAAUCAAAGGAAGUAUGGAAAAAAAGGAAUGGUUAAAAGUAUAAGAACAACAAUAAACAUAAUCUGUUUAUCGAGGUUUAAAAAGUGAAUUAGAUAAAAAAGAAAAAUAAACCUAAUAAACUAUUGAAACAGUUUAAAGCACAUUUAAAGGUGGAUUUGAAGAAUUAUUUAAAAAUGCUUCAGAGUUAAAGGAGAUAUCUUAAUAUAUCAAAUAAAAUAUCAAGAAAGGAGAAAAUAAUGAAAUUGAUGAAAUCUUGUCUAAAAUUGGUUAAUCAAGAUUAGAUAAGUAAUGAAUGAUAUAAUAUAAAAGGACUGAAGAUUAAUUUUAUGAAAAAUUGGCUGAAUAGGUUUAUAAAUUGUGUGUAGAAUUAUUUCCAAAGAUGGGUGGUAUAAUAUCAUUAUUAGAUGUCUAUUAUUAUUUUAAUAAAAAAAGAAAUUAAAAUUUAGUAAGUCCAGAAGAAAUAUUAAAAGCAGGAUUACAAUUUCAAAAGCUGAAUUAUCAAGCAAAAAUAGAGAGAUAUGAUGGUAUUUCAGUUUUUGAAUCAAGUAUAUUAAAAUAAUUAUUAAUUAAAGCACAAUAUAAUAUUGAUAAAGAUUAUGAAAAUACAUUAGGAAAAUUUAUAUCUUAUGAAGUUGGACUUACUGCAGAAUAAUUAGCUAAGAAAUUAGGAAUCUCUGUUAUGAUUUGUAAGAUUAAACUUAGAAAUGCUAUAAAUUAAGGAAAGGUUUGUGUUGAUAAUAGAAUUGAAGGUACUCGAUAUUUCUAAAAUUUAAUAAUAAAUAUUUGA